AUGAAGAUUAAACAGGCCACUAUUAACUCCCAAGUCUCAACUAGCCUCCCACUAGCGGAAGACGACCUUGACCUACCACACAACGUUGCCUUUGUCAUCGGCAUUCAAAUCGCUCAAGUAAUUGUCGACCGAAUCCAUGCAGACGUGGGCAGUGCAGCCAAUAUCCUGCAACUAGCAGUCAUCCAACAUAUGGGCUUGGAAAUGAAGAUCAACAAAUUAGCCAGGUCACCGACUGGCUUCAAUGGUGCAACUACAGUUACCGUGGGCACGAUAGACCUCGGCGUGUACUCUCCACCAGUGAUCAGCCCGCAACUCUUCAAGGUCAUUGACGAAGUCUCCCCUUACAAUGGCAUUCUAGGCAAACCAUGGAUUGGCAAGAUCAAUGGCAACACCUUCGCAACACAUUAG